AUGACAUUCUUCCACGCACAUACAACCUUGACUCCUACUCCUCCACUGACACAACCUCCCUCCGACCCACCCGCCGAUCUCAAGAUUUCCCAGUUGCCUUCCCCAAACGACACCCUUGAACAAGACUUUAACAAUUUAUCUGAGUUGGUUUUACACACACGCACACUAGGAGAGCACGUUGGUACUGCUUGGCAACUGGAAAGAGUUAUGCGCUGGGUUCCAAAUUUUGACCACCACACCGAUCCUAGUGGGAUCCGAAAAGAGGAAGGCGGAAGCUCUGGGUUUUUUAAAAUCCGAGGGACAACUGUCGAGGCCGUUGUUGGUGGGGUGUUUUACCAGUUCGGCGGAGUUGCUGCCCAUCGACUGUUCCACACCCGAGUGCUACCCCAUCUUAUCUUCCUUCUCCCAACCGAAUACCGAAAACCAGCAGAGGCGGCAUAUAAACGGCUUGGUGGACCUUCAGCACCUAUUCUCCUCUCAUCACAGCUCUCACAUCUGCAACUCCAAAAUCCGGCUCGCUCGGGUAGUCCGGUUAUUCUCAUUGAACUAAUUCUAUCUUUGAACCACUACGUCGAUCAAGGUCUUGGCCCUGCUCAGACCCAGGACCCAGGAUCAUCGGGCAUGGACCCGGGUAUUUACGUUCCGUCGGUGGAGAGCCUGCGACCCGGUAAUGCGCUAAACAAUGCACACGAUCUGACCUCUACCACUAAGGUUGUUGGUUUCAAAGCCUUUGCAUAUGGUAGCUCUUCGGACGUAUGGCGAGGCGUUAAUUGGAGUAGGGGAGAUGCGAGAGAUGUUGCAGUUAAAGUCAUACGGGCAUCCAAACGGAGUGAAUUAGGAGUCGAAGAAAUAAGAAAGUGGGUCUCUAAAGAGAUCAAUACUUGGGGUGCAGUCACACAUCCAAUCUGCCAAGUAGCGGAUGGCCUAGAUUAUCUUCAUUCUCAUAACCCUCGCAUAGCCCAUGGCCAAAUAAAGGCGUGCAAUAUUUUAAUAAAACACGAUGGCACCGCCUUGAUUGCGGGGUUUGGACUAAGUCGUUUUGUAACGGAUAUCUCGACAGGAUCGAGGAGAUUAUCGAACACUAUUAGAGAUAGGUGGACGGCACCUGAGCUAUUGGACGAUGUCAGCGACCAUAUUAUUGGAUUGACUACUACUGCCAGCGACGUGUGGGCUUUUGGUUUUUUAUGCAUUGAGAUUUUAUUAGGAACAAUUCCUUGGGAUUCAAACAAGGGAAAUGCCACAGUAAUGACACUGAAAGAGAGAGCGUCACCGCCCUUACCCGAUAGUAUCAAAUCUACGCCUGUUGGACACAUUAUAAGACAUUGCUGGAUAUACGAGCCUUCCCAGCGGCCAAGUAUGGCUCAAUUAGUUCACGCAAUCUCGGAAAAUGAUCUAGAGUACUUGCACACACCCGUAUGCGUACUGCUAUCGGCUGACGCGCUCUCAGACUCGUCCCAUAAAGCGACAACAGUACCCAAUCUGUAUGCCGUCCCUGAUAGCGAUGUAGUACAUUCCUUGCAAACAUAUCCAAGCUCACCUGCUUCUGUAUCCCGGGAAGAACCAUUGCUCUUGGAAACGACCUUUCCUGCUGCCGGUCCUCAUAGGUCGUCAAGGAGUAUCCGCAAGGCCAGACAAAUUAACCAGCUUAGGUGGCCGCACGGACCAGAUUUAUACACCUCAUCUCCAGCUCCAUGGUCCGGCAUGGAGGGAAUAAAUGAUAGGAACGUCACUGCAUGGCCACACAGGGUAUCAACUCGCCCGUUUCUAUCACCAAAAGGCGUUCGCCAAAAUUCUGUUCCUUUCCAAAGGACUGAAGUCGGGCACCCAAGGAUACCUGUAGAGAGCUCGAAAUCGGACAUUUCUGAUAAUGCGCCCGCUCAUUCGGCCUUUGAGCUGGAGCUUCUGGCGGAGACUUUUGAGAAGCGCUCGACUCAAUGGGGAAACGCUUUAAUCUCUGCAGCUCGUGAACAAACCCCUGGUUCCCCCCUCGAAAAAUCUCACAUAUCUUCACCUUCUAAUAACUAUGAAUCGAGUGCUGAUUUUCCGAGCGACCCUCAAACUCCCGCUUCGGUUAGCAAACAAAUGACUAUCCGUGAAGUUAUUUCCCAUUUGGUUGCCCAUGGCUGCCAAGAUUUAACCAAAGAAAUUGACAAUAACGCAUUUACCGAACAUCCAGUGUCUCAUGGGGGAUUUAGUGAUAUAUACCGUGGUCGAUUAUUGGAUAACGCACAUGUUGCCAUCAAGGUUUUAAGGAUAUCUGCGACCGGUAUCACUGAGGAUCUUAAGCACUUCAAGCACGCAGCUCGUGAAUUGCAUACCUGGAGUAAAUGUGCCCACCCAAACGUCCUAUCACUACUUGGGCUAGCAGAAUUUCGCGGCCGAAUCGGAAUGAUAUCACCUUGGAUGACACAGGGGAGCUUACCUCGCUACCUUGAGCGAACCCCUGACGCCAACCGGUACAACCUGUGUGUUCAAUUAUGUGAUGGCCUAUCCUUUAUGCACCAGAUAGGAAUUAUUCAUGGAGAUCUUAAAGGGGCUAACCAUCAAAUUCACGAAGACAACGAGCAGCAAUUCCUUGACACUACGGUGGCUUCCGAGCUUAUCACUGGCUCAGGAAGCCAGAGUCAAGCAUCUGACGUAUAUGCGCUUGGAAUGACCAUAUAUGAAGUGUUUUCUGGCACUCUUCCAUAUGACGGAAAGCUGGAACAUACUAUAAUGUAUCUCGUGAUUGUAAAACGGGAACCACCAGAACGACCCGCAAGUAUACCCACAGGGAGAAGAGAUGGGGACGAGCUUUGGGAUUUACUCCUACGCUGUUGGGCGUUUGAGGCGACGGCUCGCCCAACCGCAAGUGAAGUUACAGGUGCCAUGAGGACGAUCGCAAUGAACGAGUUCUGA